UGGUGAAAAUAGCUGAAGACUCUCUCAUUCGUUGGUAAAAAAAUCAUGUGUGUUGAGCCACAAAACAAAACUAUAUAUGGAAAUAAACUAAUAAUAGUAAUAUUUGGACUAGUGGUAUAAACAUGAUAUCACAUGUAGUAUAAAUUCAAGUCCAAUCAAGUGUCCUAAUUAAACAACAUCGAUCAUCGAUCAGUUACGUACGUUCUUCUGAACAAAACGUAACAUCAAUUAAUAAAUAUUCAUCAACAUGGCAACAAAACUCAUUUUCUCAGUGUUUUUUGUUUUGCCAUUUUUGGCGUAUCACGCCCAAGCGGUCACGGUAUACGAUAUCACAAAGUACGGUGCAAAACCCGGUGCAGAUAUCAGCCAGGUGUUAUCAACUGUGUGGAAGGAGGCAUGCCAGGCUACAAAUGCAAGCAAGAUAGUGAUUCCAAAAGGGAGAUGGUUCCUUAGCCAAGCGAGGCUGCAUGGCCCGAAUAAGUCCCCGUUGGAGCUCGAAGUAAGAGGCACUGUCGAAGCCGAUCCAGAUAUCAAUAAAUUGCCCAACAAAAUUGGGGAAUGGAUUACUAUCAAUUAUAACCUGAGCUUCAAUUUCCUCAACAACUCGAUAAUCAAAGACGUGACCACGAAAGACAGCAAGAAUUUCCACACGAAUUGCAUAGCGAGCCACAACGUGACUUUCCUACGGUACACAAUCACCGCCCCAGGAGACAGCGUCAACACGGACGGGAUCCACAUCGCACGUGCCUCCAUGGUCAAGGUCCUUGACAGCAACAUCGGAACGGGAGACGACUGCAUCUCCAUAGGAGACGAGACCACUGAUCUCCACAUCGAGAAUGUCAACUGUGGGCCCGGCCACGGCAUCAGCGUCGGAAGCAUGGGAAAGAAUCCAGCAGAGAGGGACGUCUCCGGAAUUUACGUAAAGAACUGCACAUUCACCGGAACCAGCAAUGGCGUCAGGGUGAAGACGUGGCCUUCUGCACCAGCAACCCUAAGAAUCUCGGGUUUGCAUUUCGAAGACCUGGUGAUGAACAACGUCAGCAAUCCGGUCGUCAUUGACCAACAAUACUGCCCGUGGAAUCUCUGCGAUAAAGCCAAGCCGUCUCUAAUCAAGAUCACCGAAGUGACGGUGAAGAACGUAAAGGGGACAUCGAACACAAAGGAGGCUAUUAUUUUGUCUUGCAGCGCAAGCAAGCCAUGUGACAACGUGGAGAUUAGCGAUAUCGAUCUUUUGUAUGUUAAUCCAAUUCCAGCUAAUUUCACCACCAUCUGCGAAAAUGUGAAGCCCAGAGUAUUCGGAAAGCAGAACCCGCCAAUUUGCGCCACCACUGCAUGAACACAUUUCCAUUCUUGGUUUUCUUUGUUUAUGAUCGAUGCAUGCAUGCGGAAUAUAUAAGUUAAAGAGAUUGGAAGUAGAGUUUCUUUUUGUUAGAUGAAUAUAUAUUCUCAAGA